CCAGCAAAAAUUGGUGUUUGGUCAAUCACUCGAACCCACCCGCUAUUUUCUCUCUAAAAUUCUUACCACAUCUCUCUCUUUCUCUCUCUAAAGAAAACAGGCCACAAAACGAAAGAGAACUGAGAGAAAAAGCUGGCGAGCAACAGACCGGACAAAGGAGAAAGAUGGGUAAAAACGCAAACGACAAGGCAAAGGAAAGAAGAGAACAAAGACGCCAAGAGAUUUCCCUCCUCAGAACCAUACCCUAUUCAGAUCAUCAGAGGUGGUGGUCUGCCAAAACCAUAGCUGUGGUAACCGGGGGUAACAGGGGAAUCGGAUUCGAUAUUUCGAGGCAGCUCGCUGCACACGGAUUGACAGUUAUACUGACAUCCAGGGACAGCAACGUUGGCCUUGAAGCGGCCAAGGUCCUACAAGAAGGCGGUCUUAAUGUGGCCUUCCAUCAACUUGACGUUUUAGACCCUUUAUCCAUUAAGAACUUUGCUGACUGGCUACACCAAAACUAUGGUGGUUUGGAUAUUCUGGUGAAUAAUGCUGGAGUUAAUUUCAAUAUUGGAAGUGAAAAUUCUGUUGAGCAGGCCCGGAUGGUUGUAGCAACCAAUUAUUUCGGAACCAAAAAGAUGAUUGAAGCUAUGAUCCCCUUGAUGAAACCUUCAGCUGUUGGUGCACGUAUUGUGAAUGUGAGCUCAAGACUAGGCAGACUAAAUGGCAGACGAAAUAGGCUUGCAGAUGUGACCUUGAGAGAACAACUAGGCGACGUGGAUUCGCUCUCGGAAGAAUUGAUUGACCGUACCAUAUCCAAUUUUCUACAACAAGUGGAAGAAGGCAGUUGGGAAUCAGGUGGGUGGCCUCAAACAUUUACCGACUACUCCAUAUCGAAACUUGCAGUCAAUGCUUACACCAGGCUAAUGGCGAGGAUACUAUCAAAUAGACCAGAAGGCCAGAAGAUUUACAUAAAUUGUUACUGCCCCGGCUGGGUAAAGACGGCAAUGACUGGUUAUGCCGGGAACAUUCCAGCAGAAGAAGGAGCUGAUACCGGAGUAUGGCUUGCCUUGCUUCCAGACCAAGCAAUAACGGGGAAGCUUUUUGCGGAAAGACGUGAAGUGAGCUUCUAAUGCGUAGUUAUGGCGAAGAGUGCUGACCAAUUCUGUUGCUUCCUGUAAUGAGGAGGGACCGCGCAGCAGCGUAGAACUUCAGAAGUCCAAUUAUCUUGAAGGCAUCGCAGGAACCGCAUAAGGGAGUUAGUUGAGGAACAAGUUGGGAAAUAGAUAGAUAAACUCAUUUCUUUGAUCUCACGAAAGGAUACAUAUGUCAAGCAGGCAGUUGCAAUGAAAACUCUGAAAAAAUCAUUUUCUUUCGGUCUCGAGUUAUGUUGCAGUGCGGCUCAGUUUCUUUGCUCGGACAUAUGCCUGUAAGUCGUUGUAUCCUCUUUUGGUAUCUGAAGAGUUUUGUUUUAACACUUUGGAUAAAAUAUCUCUUCAACUUUUAUUUCAAAUAGCUACGGAGAGAACAAUGGAUCUUUCCUGGUGCACGGAGUAGGGGAACAUUAUGUAUUGGCGGUUAAAACGGUUGAUUUCAAUCUUUUUGAAUUAUGUUUGAUAUACUAAUUUGGUCAUAUUAAAUUCUACUA